AUGGGAAAAGGAGUAUUAAUAUUUGUAUUAGCGGUUUUAACGAUAGCAUUACUUAUAGGAAUUGGAGUCGAAAUACAGAAGUUCUCUCAAGACUCGGCUCUCAGUCUUGCUAAACAUGACAUAGUUGGAGACUAUGACAAGCUAUAUGAUGAAUAUUUUCCGCGAUAUUACCACUCGUCUGGCCUCCUUUCUCUUCCUUUUGAUGACAUUGUAGAGCCAUUCGAGGCAUGGUUCGCUGGAGAACGCAACAUGAGCAGAAUUGAUUAUUAUUACGGUACGUAAACUUAAACAUAACAAUUAAAAUGCAUCGCUUAACAUUAGAAAUUGCUUUAUAGUGACUGCGUUGGCUUAUUCGAUCUCUGGAAGCUACUUUUAAGUAAUCUCAAGUGGUCAUAUAUAAAGACCACUUGAGAUUCGUAGUUAUAUUUAUCAAUAAUAUUUUGUUUAGAGAGGUUCAAGCUUUCCUUCGAGGCUGAUUUUAUUUAAUGUUUAUUUUUUCCUUAAAUGUUUUAGUAGCUGAGUUUAAACUGUGAUAUUUCAUUUAGAUGAAGUAGGUUUUGUAGUUAGAGAGUAAAAUUAUUGGCACUAAAUUUUUCGAUUUUGGCGAGAGAGGAUUUCACGGGGUUUUAUUUUCGCGGGUUCAAAUUGAACGAUUCAAGCGUUCUCAACUUUGUUUUAUUUUUCAAAAAGUAUGAAAUGUUUAGUUCUUAAAACUGGAACAAAGAAAACGCUUAAUUAAAAAAAAAACUUUUAAGGUGAACCGGAAAUUUGCAAAUUAACCCUUUAAGUGCCAAGAGUGACCAAAGUCAAUUUUCUCCCAACAAAAUCAAUACACAAUCAAAGGAAAAGUUGUGAGAAUCAAUAAAAUAAUCACCUGAUGGGAAAAGCUUUGAUCUGCUAUCAAAUUCUUUUAACCAAUUCUUGCAGGAAAUGUAUGGAGAUCAGUCUGGAGAAUUUGUAUUUGGAUACUGGGGCUUAAAGGGUUUAACGCUGUACGGUCGUCAUUUCUCAACAGAAGAAACAAACUGGAACGUAUACCAAUAAAACCAGUCACAAAUAUAUGCAUUUGUCUAUACAUAUAUCCUAUAUAUGUUCUUGUUAUUUUUCGUGAUUGGAAUUCCCUAUAUGUGUAUUAAAUUUCGCGAGGUUUUUAUUCGCGUGUCUUUAAUUUCGCUGUUUAAUUACAAUCGAAAAAACGCAAAAUUAAAGACCUGCAAAAUUAAGUAAUAACAAGGUAGUUUCAAUCUGUGGCCAUACAUUUUCUUUAAUAACGCUGUGUGGGCGUUGAGGUGUGGAACCUGUUUUAGGGUAAAAACAGUUGAUUUUUUAAGGUUUCGUGUACUGUAUUUCAUUGGUAUGAUUUUAAUUUGUCUUUGAUUUUGAUAUUUAUAAUUAUAUAUUAUCAAAUAAAUGCAAAGAAGAUCAUCUCGUCAGUUGCGUGUUUAAUCAAUUGCGAUGCUCUUCUUUGCAUUUAUUUCUUCAUUCCGCGGUUCAAAUAUAUGUACUUCAUAUAUUCAUGAUUUCAUCUUCAUCAUUCCUAAGCGGCUCAUAAGUGCAACCGUCAUUCCAUGUUUCAUCAAAAUGAACUAUAUAUUUUCCUCAAUUUCGUUCCAAGGGUCUCUCUAAAAAGAAUGACCAUUGCUGGGAACUAGGCCCAGGAGAAUUAAGGAGGUGUUGUUCAUUACCGUUCUUUGGAAACCUGCGAUUUGUUGAAAUUAACAAGCUUAUAUUCGGCGAUAUCGAAUAUAGAUAUAUUUUUUUCAUUACUCAGCUAUUGAAAGAUACUUUUUCAUUCUUUUUUUACAAUCAUUUAAUGAUUAUUGUUUAGGUAUGGACAAGACAAUUCAGCGUGGAGACCUGGGCAAAAACGGAAUCCUGUUUAAAAUUGUACCCAUGCAUUAUGAGAUGAAGCCCUCCGAUCAUAACUUCAUAAGUUGCUGGCAUAAACCACUUCCAAAAUGGAUGCCGCGUGCAGGACAGAGUGUCAUACCAACAAACCUAUCCGAGUUUAAGGUUGGAAAAAUGAUAUAGUAAUGCGGCAAAAGUAGCAUAGGGAAUUGAUUUACUUUUCGACUUUGUCAAUAAGCCAAUACAUCCUUUUUUGGACUGAAGCGCCUCUAGAAUUUUCUAUCGUAAGAUCAACUUGGUGAAAUGACCUUCGAUGCGAAAAUAUCAUUCACGAUCCAACAUUGAAAAAUUAAGGAAAGCUUAAGAGAAAGUUAUUUUUACAACUUUUAGAUGGGUUUGCUUUUUGAUGCUCAUUGUGACUGUGGUUUGCUUUCGAUGUUCUCAAGACACGAUUUUCAUACUGAUUCCCCCUUUAAAGGCCACUUCACCCCCUCUCUUUCUCAAGUCCGCUGCGGUCGCCUGUAGUGGUGGCAGUAACUUUAAUUCUGGGGAUUAAUACAAAAUUUUCACAACGUGUUGUGCACCCACCGGUUUUUGUAAAAACUCCUCUGGGAUGGCCAUGUUAUGUGUGUCGUACGUAAAAAUAUAUAUUUAAAUUGCUUUUUUAUCCUUUCAGUUUGUUUCCGAAGAAAUGCACCGAGGAAUGCCUUGUCUGAAAUACGAGAGGAAAAUAAGAAAAUUUAACAAGAGCAACACGUACAGUUUUUAUAUUUCCAAAACUAAACCACACAGGCCUCUUCGAUACGAGAUGGUUGGAUACGAUGAUAUGCUGACGUCACAUUAUGAUCGCUACAUCCUUGAUUACGUUACUUUCGAGCCUUGGAAAUUUAACAGAUCUUUGUUCAACUUACCUAAAAGUAGGUUUUCAUCAAAAAUUAUGCUUGGUCUUUCAGUUUUAAUUACUGCACUAAAGUUCGUCCUUUUAUUGGUUCUGUCUCGGGACAAGUCUGCUGUGUUAGUGAGAGACAAUCGAAUCAUUUCAGUUAAAUACAAAUCAUGAGCUGAUUUCAUUUGCCGUAUAUACAGUGUGCUUUGCGGUUCUAUAUUGAGGUAUGGCAAAAUGGGAAACAAAAAAACAUGCAACUUGUCUUGGAACGUUGCUGCAAUUAAGGAGUUGUAGCGCGUUUUACCACCCACGAAUCAAACCUUUCUUGCAACAAAUCAGGUUGUUAACAGGUUUGAACGAGGGUGAUAAAACGUGCCUAAUUGCUUUUCAACUCCUUUUUGCAACAAGUUGCAAAACAAUAGACGCGCGUUUUUGUUGCCCGUUUUGUCGAAGUUUUAGAUGGUUGCUAGUCUUGUGAAUUGUUAUAACCGCGCACAAUCAAAAGAAGAGGUCUCAGGCUUUUGUUGUGCUUUUUUAGUACUAAGAUUCAUUUACCAAUGAUUGUAAAGUCUACUUAUUGAUCAUCUUUUGUAAGUGCAUUUCUUCCGGUGUAUACUAGUACGCUGUCUCGACAGUGGUCUAACAUAAUUGUUCUCGUUUUCAUUACAGACUCGAAAUGUGAAAAGAAAGCAAAGAAACUGCGGUCUCACUAUUUGGCGAACCCUAUGGCUGAAUACUUGCACUUUGGACACCACAAAGAUCGUGAACUUGAAAAGUCCUACAAAGAAUACAGAACUAAACAUGCUAAGAAUUACGUUACUUCAAGAGAACAUGAACAACGGAAACACAUCUUCAAGCAUAAUCUAAGGUAACUACACAAACUUGGUAAUUAUCGCAUAGCCGCUCUAUAGUACGUUACUAAACCAGACCUCUCGUAAGAGCUGGUAACAGAAUUAACGAACUUAGACAUCAUCAGAAAAAAAUAGGCAAACGCGCUCUUCGAAUUAAAAGGCCAACAACCGGAGCUCAAAGUACCUAGACGGGCGGGGAUUCUAGUCUCUCAUACUUGACCUACCCGCUCUUUCCCGUAGCAUCUUAUCCUACCCAGUCCCUUUCCGUUGGUUACCUCUAGCUAAGCUGAUUAUUCAUAGUUGGCUCCGAUGCUUAACAAGAGAAUUAAACAGAAGGAACACAUUUUUCUUCAUCCCUGAACCACUAUAUGAUGUCUUUUGUUUAAUUAUCCCAAGCCUUUGAGCCAAGUUGGAAUUUUACUAAACCGAAAUCGGUUCAGUAAAAAAUGUUCUUGCGUAAAUAUUCUGGGAAAACUUGUCAGUUUUCAUCAACACUAUACUAUUAUUGGUGAUUUGAAUCGCAGGUUCAUUCGUUCUAAGAACAGAGAAAAUUUGAAGUACAAACUAGCUCCAAAUAAUUUUGCUGACAUGACAGAAGAAGAAAUAGAUUUACACCGAGGACUUCUUCACGAUGGGAAAGAAAAAAAGAACCCCAAGUUAUCAGAAGUGCUGUAUUUUAACCAGUCAUUAUUGACAUCUGGCCUUGUUCCCGAUGAACUAGACUGGAGGGAUUAUGGUAAGCGUUUAUCUUCUCAUGUUCUCUAUUAUAAUUAGCAGUUAAUCAAGUUUGGCGAAACAAUCUUUAGGUACGCUGCAAGAAACUUCGUAAUUUCAGGGGGCGCUUUAUCUCUACUUAUGCCCUAGUAUGUAAGUUUUCAAGUGGUACAUGGCAGAAUUCACCGUUUAGCAUCGUUUUAGUAGGGGAAAAAUUCUCAAGAAAGCAUACAAAGCAACAGCGUCGUCGGAGUCAAUUCGAUAUAGUAGAAAGUCGAGUUCAUGAUAACCCGGAUAGACGACUACUUCGCAUCCAACCUUAACUUCUCUGGUCUUGCGUCCUCGUAAGCAUUUAAGGUCGUUUAAACAGUCCAACCUCCACUAACGGCCACCUCUCCACAUUAGCCACCUCAACGGCCACUUUAUUUUGUUCCAGCAGACAGUCCACACAUUUCACAUUUACUCUAAGACUUAUUUAAACCUCUCUACAACGGCAACGACCAAAGCGUGUCCCCAACUGCCAAAAUAACCUCUCGACAACGGCCAGUUUUCUCAGCGACUGAUGAAAAGGUCAAGAAUGGUAUUGAAAUUUGUUCCUUAUGGCACUACAUUGAUGAUUAAUCGCGGCAUUCGUGUUUUGAUUUUGUUUCAUUUAUACUGCUGCAGUGAUAAAUUGUCUACGAUAAAAAAUAAAACAGAAACAAAACAAAACAAAACAGAGCAAAACAGGUACCUCGAAAUGAAGCCUUAAAGGAGAAUAAACCAGCCUCCAGAGCUACAAGUGACCGAAUCCCUUUUACAGUUACCUAUAAAGCAUUAAGCAUGAAGAUGGAACAAUAAACAUGUUGUAAUCCCGAACAAAAAUUGUUAUAAUACACCCCUGCCUCCCAACUUUCUUCUGUCCCCAAGGAGGCCAUUGUGGAGAGGUUCGACUGUAUUAGAGAUUUGCCUUCUCCACCAUUAACUAACUCGUUAUAUGUUCGGAGGAAGGUGAAGUUGUAUGUAAAAUAUUAAAAUGAUAGUAAGGCGUGAAAAUAAAACACUUCAAUGAUUGUCUAGCUACGUGAAAUUACUUAUCGCUUUAUUUCGUGCUCGUUAUCAUUUAAUUUUUUUUCUUUUUAUGUUUUUUGUUUUGUACAAAAAUUCAAAUUUUAAGUUAUACUUUAUUAAAUAACGAUAAAGGUUGAACCGCUGUUAAUGCUCUCAAGGCAGUAAUUAUGUUAAACUACAUAAUAAAUCUAUAUUUGUCCUGUUAUUUCCAGGUGCUGUAACGCGUGUCCAUAGUCAAGGCUUAUGUGGAUCAUGUUGGACUUUCUCUGCUGUGGGAGCUGUGGAAGGAGCCAAUUUCUUGAAGGUAAAACUGGUUUCACUUGAUCCAUGGAAGUUAUUUCUUUGAACUAUUUUAAAUAUCCUGUGAAAACAGCCGACAUUGGCGACGCUACCAAUGGUUUCCCCGCUAAAUGACGUUAUGAGAAACGAAUGCAAAAAUUCCAUACUGAUGAUCCGUCACUACCCAGAUCUGGGUAGUGACGCCUCAUCAGUAUGGAAUUUUUGUGUUCAAUCCCCAGACGUCAUUUCGCGGGGAAACCAGAGGCUUUGUCGCAAAAUGUUGGCGUUUUCUUAGGCUAUAUUUUCAAAGGCUUCUCAUUCUCAUAAAAAAUGAGUAAAGCGGAAGGAAUUUAUCAAACAAAUCUACCGUGGAUGAUUUAGCCUCCCACGCAGACGUUCCUAGGGGUUCGGGGCAGGAACGCAUGACGAACCCCUAAGAACGUCUGCAUGGGAGGCUAUGGAUGAUUAGACCGUACCUUUAUUCCUGAUAAGUGCCUCCUCCCGGUUUUGUAACUUUACUGACGCAUGCGCAUUUUCCAACUUACCUCGAACAGACUGGAGAACUCGUUGAGCUUUCGAACCAGCAGCUGAUUGACUGCUCCUGGCCCGCAGGGAAUCGUGGAUGUCGCGGAGGAUUUCAGGAUAGAACACUAAAAUGGGUGAAACGCAAUGGCGUGGCGCUGAGGCGCGAUUAUGGACCUUACCUUGCACAAGUAAGCUUCUGUUAUUGUUUAGGACUUUUGCAAUUAUUCAAAGGCUGACAAUAUGUCAAUUCCUCACAGAACCCAAAUUCUCUUACGAUGCAUAAACAGAAGUCACUCUAUAUGAUCUGCCAGCCAAAAUUGCCAGUGGAGGCAAAUAUGCCCUCUGUCGUCCGUCUCAGUCUCUUUAAUUUACGAAAAAACGGGCAACGGAAACGUGCAACUUGUUUUGCAAAAUUUCGAGUUGGAAAGCGAUGUUGCCGGUUUUACUACCAACGAACCAACCUGUCUCGCUACAAAUCAGGUUGUUGUAGGAUGCGUAAUGUUGUUGCAAAAAGCAGAACGACUCUCUUCUUUCUGUAACAACUUUUUGCAACCUGCAAGAACCUGAAUUAUUGCAUGAUAGGUUGGUAAAGCGCCCAACAUCGAUUUUCAACUCGUUUUUCAGCAGUUUUGCCAAACAAGUUGCACAUUUUUGUUGCCCGUUUUCAACGAAGCUUUAUGGGUAAUCCAAUCCCUUUAAAUCUCCAUAAAUUCGAUUAGUAAACGGCUUGCGAUAAAAAAUUUAAAUUCCUCAAGUUUAAAGCAACGCAACAGUUUUGUCGUGUUUUUUUUUAGGAGGGCUUCUGUCAUUGUGGUCACUCCGAUAACUGCACUAUUGCUCACAUAAGCGGCUUCUCUAGUGUAAAGAAGAACAACUCAGACGAGAUGAAACUCGCUCUAGUCACUCACGGCCCCAUAGCAUCAUCUGUAAACGCAGAUGCAAAGACUUUCAGGUUUUACAGCCACGGGAUUUAUGACGACCCCAAAUGUGGUAAGAAAAUUAUUAUUGUUGUUAAGUUAAGGAAUCUGACGAAAACUUCGUAUCCUUAUAUUGUUACCACAAGUACCCACAACCAAAAAUCGUUCAUCCUGCUGAUGAACGGUUCGGUACUCGAUAGUUAGAUAUUUGCAUGAACAACAAUCGUUUAUGGUCUGUCCCCUUUAAUCUUAGCUUGCGCGUUCGUGAGUAGGAUUAUGAAUCACAGUCGAACCCCGCUUUACGGACACCAGCUCAAUACGGACGCCUCAUUAUUACGGACAGUUUCCCUUGUCCCUGGGGAAGAAAAGCCCUCACAUUUUCUUUAAUUUCAACCCGUUUAAUAAGGACACCUUUAAGCGGACAACGGACACUUUUUUAUGUCCAAUAAACAGAUUCUCAUAUAAAGUCAACCUCGCUAAUGCGGACACUUCAUUGUCCACUGUGUGUUGUAAUUGAAACCUUUCUUUUUUGAAGGUACAAAACCUUCAGUUGACAUAAUUUUGAUGUUCCCAGCGCUAUUGUACACCAGAUAGGAUGAAUUCUGGACGUCAAUUUUGGACUAUUUUGACAUCAAUCGAGUUAUCCAGAGAACGGUUUUUAAUUACGUAAUGUAUAAUGAGCGACUUUGUCUAGAUUUUUAAGUGUUUUCAUUACAUAAUCCGCGGAAUAACGAAUAAUGAAGUUUAGAGAAGUUAAGCUUGACGAUGAUAGUGUCCUGUUUUAUUUUUGUAGUAUUUUGAUCAAAUAUAAAUGGGGUAUUUUUGACUUUAAUAACAUUGCCCGCUUAAUACGGACAUCCCGUUAAUAUGGACACUUUCUAUGGCCCCCUCAAUAUACACCACGACAAAGUGCACUGAAAUAUGAAGAAACUGAGGGUAUUUUUUCGGUUUUACAGGCAAAAAGACAAACCACGCUAUACUGACUGUAGGAUAUGGCUCUUAUAAUAAGAUACCAUACUGGGUCAUCAAAAACUCGUGGGGACACCUGUGGGGAGAUGAUGGCUAUAUCAAGAUAACAAUGAAGAAUGACAGAUGUGGGUUGCUUAACGGGCCAUUACUGGCUGUAAGAAAGGAUAGGGCGAUUACUGAAUGCCCAGUGAAGACUCUAAAAAAGGUUCAACGACAAAAAGUCAAGUCUUUUUCUGAGGAGGAACUUACUAUUUUGCCUUUUUAAGACGGUC